CUUUUACAAGUAAUUUACUAUUUAUUGAGCACUCACUGUAUAUGUCAGAUGGUGGGCUAAUUGCUCUGUGUUGUCCCAUUAUUUAAUCUUGGCUCAACCCCUUAACUCUUUAAAAAUAACCAGUUAUAAGGUAGAAGAUGUUACAUGAAAGACAGUUGGGGGGAAGGUUGUUACACUGAUUGAUUCUAUAGUGAAGACGUUUUGAGUCUAACAUUGUCCUUAACAACAUAAGGUAGCAAAGAGAAUGCUCAGGUUUCUCACCCUCACUUUUACUCUUUGCUCCAGUUUUCUGAAUCAUCUCUAAAUCUUUUUACUUUAUGACAUGUUUAUAAGGGAUUGUAAAAUACUCUGCCAGUAUAUCUAUUCCCUUGUAAGUGGACUACCUCACACAUAUGUAUGAAUGUAAAUACAAAGUGAAAAAGGGAGCAGCUGUUUUGAAGGGUGAUGCUGAGAACAUGUGCUCCUCUAUGAGGUGUACAGCAGUGAACUUGUGGUACAGAUUUGGAUAGUUGUGAGUAAUUAUUAAUUGUAAGAUGAAAGAGAAUUGAGUAUAAAUUUUAAGGCACUGCUUCAGAAAAGUAUCAUGAAUUUUCAUUGUGACAGGUGACAGUAUUUCUAUAGUUUGGUGUUUUUCUCAUCCUUUUAACUUCUGCAUUUGCAUUAGGAGGCAGUGCCUAACAAGAGCUUUAUCAUGGUCUUUCUAUAGACUGCUGUAUUCUCUUCUUGUGUCUAGAAGGUCUGAUUUCUCUUCACAUUGAUAGCAAGCAGGCAAAAUAAAGGGAGAAUGAAUAGCGUUUCAUCUUUCACUACUCAUCUCCAUUCUGCAGCCGUGCAGUCGGAAACCCUUGUGCAUGAAGACAGAUUUGUUCUAUGGCCUCGGAGUUGGGUGCCGGGGACGAUGGCGGCUUCACUGAGCUGGCAAAGCCCCUCUAUCUUCAGUACCUGGAGAGGGCCCUCCGGUUGGACCAUUUCCUGCGACAAACAUCAGCCAUCUUCAACAGGAAUAUUUCUAGUCAGCUUAAUCAAAGGAUCAAUUUCUUCUGUAAAGUGUUCAGUCUACUAACCAUAAAUUAUAAUAUUUCGCUGGGUCAGCUGUUAUUGUGGAUUCACCAUUCUUCAAUUUAUAGUGAUGAAAGUGAAGAUGGACUGGAUGACAAUAAUCCUUUAUUACCCCAAUCUGGGGAUCCCUUGAUACAAGUUAAGGAAGAACCUCCAAAUUCAUUGCUUGGUGAGACUUCUGGAGCAAGUAGUUCUGGAAUGUUAAACACAUACUCAUUGAAUGGAGUUCUACAGUCAGAAACAAAAUCUGACAAAGGGAAUUUAUAUAACUUCUCUAAGUUGAAGAAAAGCAGAAAGUGGCUAAAGAGCAUUCUGCUAAGCGAUGAAUCCAGUGAGGCAGAUUCUCAGAGUGAAGACAAUGAUGAAGAAGAAGAAGAAGAAGAAGAACUCAAUCUCAGCAGAGAAGAACUUCAUAAUAUGUUGCGACUGCACAAAUACAAGAAACUUCACCAGAAUAAGUAUAGUAAAGACAAGGAGUUGCAGCAAUACCAAUACUACAGUGCAGGCCUGCUCUCCACAUAUGACCCUUUCUAUGAGCAACAACGGCACCUUCUUGGACCCAAAAAAAAGAAAUUCAAGGAAGAAAAGAAACUUAAAGCUAAGUUGAAAAAAGUGAAGAAGAAAAGGCGAAGAGAUGAAGAACUUUCCUCUGAAGAAUCCCCUCGUCGCCACCACCACCAGACCAAAGUGUUUGCCAAGUUCUCUCAUGAUGCACCUCCUCCUGGCACCAAGAAGAAGCACUUAUCCAUUGAGCAGCUCAAUGCUCGUCGCAGGAAAGUAUGGCUCAGCAUUGUGAAAAAGGAACUACCAAAGGCCAACAAGCAGAAAGCUUCAGCUCGUAACCUGUUUCUCACCAAUAGCCGCAAGCUCGCCCACCAAUGCAUGAAGGAGGUGCGUCGAGCCGCCUUGCAGGCCCAGAAAAACUGUAAGGAGACCUUACCUCGUGCUCGCCGCCUCACCAAGGAAAUGCUUCUAUACUGGAAGAAGUAUGAGAAGGUGGAGAAGGAACACCGCAAACGUGCAGAGAAGGAAGCCUUGGAGCAGCGGAAGUUGGAUGAAGAAAUGCGGGAGGCCAAGAGGCAGCAGCGAAAACUGAACUUCCUCAUCACCCAGACAGAGUUGUAUGCCCAUUUCAUGAGUCGCAAACGAGACAUGGGUCACGAUGGGAUCCAGGAAGAAAUCUUAAGGAAACUGGAAGAUAGUUCUACACAGAGACAAAUUGACAUUGGCGGAGGGGUGGUAGUUAACAUCACACAGGAGGAUUAUGAUAGUAACCAUUUCAAAGCCCAGGCCCUGAAGAAUGCUGAAAAUGCUUACCAUAUUCAUCAGGCUCGGACAAGGUCAUUCGAUGAAGAUGCAAAAGAAAGUCGAGCAGCUGCCCUACGGGCAGCAAACAAGUCUGGCACUGGUUUUGGGGAGAGUUAUAGCCUGGCAAACCCAUCUAUCCGGGCUGGUGAGGAUAUUCCACAGCCUACAAUUUUUAAUGGCAAAUUAAAAGGUUAUCAGCUGAAAGGCAUGAAUUGGUUGGCAAAUCUCUAUGAACAGGGUAUUAAUGGCAUUCUUGCCGAUGAAAUGGGACUUGGUAAGACAGUACAGAGCAUUGCCCUCCUUGCCCAUCUGGCUGAGAGAGAGAACAUUUGGGGACCUUUCUUAAUAAUUUCACCUGCUUCUACACUUAACAAUUGGCACCAGGAGUUUACUAGAUUUGUUCCUAAAUUUAAGGUGCUACCAUAUUGGGGAAAUCCUCAUGAUAGAAAAGUUAUCAGGAGGUUCUGGAGUCAGAAGACCCUCUACACUCAGGAUGCCCCCUUCCAUGUGGUUAUCACCAGUUACCAGCUGGUGGUGCAGGAUGUAAAGUAUUUCCAGCGAGUCAAGUGGCAGUACAUGGUAUUGGAUGAGGCUCAGGCGCUCAAGAGUAGUUCCAGUGUUCGUUGGAAGAUACUCUUGCAGUUUCAGUGUCGGAAUCGGCUUUUGCUAACUGGGACCCCCAUUCAGAACACCAUGGCAGAGCUCUGGGCUCUGCUGCAUUUCAUUAUGCCAACAUUAUUUGAUUCACAUGAGGAAUUUAAUGAAUGGUUUUCCAAGGACAUUGAGAGCCACGCCGAAAACAAAUCUGCCAUAGAUGAGAAUCAACUCUCUCGCUUACACAUGAUCUUGAAGCCAUUUAUGCUGAGGAGAAUCAAGAAAGAUGUGGAAAAUGAAUUGUCUGACAAGAUUGAGAUUCUAAUGUAUUGCCAACUGACCAGCCGACAGAAGCUGCUAUAUCAGGCACUAAAGAACAAAAUUUCCAUUGAAGAUUUAUUGCAGUCUUCUAUGGGCUCUACCCAGCAAGCACAGACAACCACCAGCAGCCUCAUGAAUCUGGUCAUGCAGUUUAGGAAGGUGUGUAAUCACCCAGAGUUAUUUGAACGACAAGAAACUUGGUCUCCAUUUCAUAUUUCCCUAAAGCCAUACCAGAUUUCAAAGUUUAUCUACCGUCAUGGACAGAUCAGGGUCUUCAACCAUUCACGAGACAGGUGGUUAAGGGUUCUUCUUUCUCCAUUUGCACCGGACUAUAUCCAGCAGUCUCUGUUUCACAGAAAAGGUGUUAAUGAAGAAAGCUGUUUUUCUUUCCUUCGCUUUAUUGAUGUAUCUCCAGCUGAAAUGGCAAACCUCAUGCUUCAGGGACUUUUGGCCAGAUGGUUAGCUCUUUUCCUGUCUCUGAAAGCCUCCUACAGGCUCCAUCAGCUGCGCUCCUGGGGAGAGCCAGAAGGGGAGAGCCAGCAGAAAUAUCUGAGAAACAAGGAUUUCCUUCUUGGGGUUAAUUUUCCACUCUCCUUUCCCAACCUUUCCAGCUGCCCUUUGUUAAAGUCUCUGGUUUUCAGCAGCCACUGUAAAGCAGUGAGUGGCUACUCAGACCAGGUCAUCCAUCAGCGGAGAUCAGCUACCUCCUCGCUUCGUUGCUGCCUGCUCACUGAGCUGCCAUCUUUCUUGUGUGUGGCCAGUCCACGAGUCACCGCAGUGCCAUUGGAUUCUUACUGCAAUGACAGAAGUGCAGAAUAUGAGCGGCGAGUGCUGAAGGAAGGAGGGAGUCUGGCAGCCAAGCAGUGUUUGUUGAAUGGGGCCCCUGAACUGGCGGCAGACUGGCUAAAUCGACGGUCCCAGUUCUUUCCAGAACCAGCUGGAGGACUGUGGAGCAUUAGGCCUCAGAAUGGCUGGUCUUUCAUCAGGAUUCCAGGCAAGGAGAGCCUCAUCACUGACAGUGGAAAGCUGUAUGCCCUUGACGUCCUGUUGACUCGGCUCAAGUCUCAAGGACAUAGGGUCCUUAUCUACUCCCAGAUGACCAGGAUGAUAGACCUGCUGGAGGAAUAUGUGGUUUACAGGAAGCAUACCUACAUGAGGCUUGAUGGCUCAUCCAAGAUCUCAGAGAGGCGGGACAUGGUUGCUGAUUUUCAGACCAGGAAUGACAUUUUUGUGUUCCUGCUAAGUACACGAGCUGGAGGACUGGGUAUCAAUCUGACUGCGGCAGAUACAGUGAUUUUUUAUGAUAGCGAUUGGAACCCCACUGUGGACCAGCAGGCCAUGGACAGGGCCCACCGCUUGGGGCAGACAAAGCAGGUUACCGUGUACCGACUCAUCUGUAAGGGCACCAUUGAAGAACGCAUUCUGCAGCGAGCCAAGGAGAAGAGUGAGAUUCAGCGGAUGGUGAUUUCUGGUGGAAACUUCAAACCAGAUACCUUGAAACCCAAAGAGGUGGUUAGCCUUCUUCUAGACGAUGAAGAAUUGGAGAAGAAAUUGAGACUCCGACAAGAAGAGAAACGGCAGCAGGAGGAAACCAACCGAGUUAAAGAGCGCAAGCGCAAGCGGGAAAAAUACGCAGAGAAGAAGAAAAAGGAAGAUGAAUUGGAUGGGAAAAGGAGAAAGGAGGGUGUGAACCUAGUGAUCCCAUUUGUUCCUUCGGCUGAUAACUCCAACCUCUCUGCAGACGGGGAUGACUCCUUCAUUAGUGUGGACUCAGCCAUGCCCAGCCCUUUCAGUGAGAUCUCCAUCAGCAGUGAGCUGCACACCGGCUCUAUUCCCCCCGACGAGAGCAGCAGUGACAUGCUGGUCAUUGUGGAUGACCCAGCCUCCUCAGCCCCUCAGUCUCGAGCCACCAACUCUCCUGCUUCCAUAACGGGCUCCGUGUCGGACACUGUGAACGGAAUUUCCAUUCAGGAAAUGCCAGCCGCAGGACGUGGUCAUUCAGCCCGAAGCCGAGGCCGCCCCAAAGGUUCAGGAAGCACAGCCAAAGGAGCAGGGAAGGGCCGGAGCCGAAAGUCCACCGCAGGCAGUGCUGCUGCAAUGGCAGGAGCCAAAGCAGGGGCUGCCGCGGCCUCUGCAGCUGCCUAUGCUGCAUACGGGUACAACGUGUCUAAAGGAAUCUCCGCCAGCAGUCCUCUGCAGACGUCCCUUGUUCGGCCUGCUGGCCUUGCUGACUUUGGACCUUCAAGCGCCUCUUCUCCCUUGAGCUCCCCUUUGAGCAAAGGAAAUAGUGUUCCUGGGACUCCCAAGAGCCUCCACUUGACCAGCAGCCUAGCCCCAGACUCCCUGGUCCGGAAACAGGGCAAAGGCACCAACCCCUCUGGAGGACGGUAACCACCUGGCCCUCCAGCUUCCUUCAACCAAACCGGGGGCUAGAGUCCUGGCCUGCAGAUGGCCUUUGGAUGGCUUGCCCAGUGCAGCAUCUUUCAUCCCAAGCCAGAGGGCAGCGAUGACCAGCUGCAGCAAGGGAAAGACAGGCAGGUGGUUGGCGUGAGCACUUUGAUCACCUGUGUCCCAAGAGGAAUGCUCUGGGGUUGCCUGUAGGAAGAAGGCCCAAGGACGGGGAUCAGGCCCACAGCAUCUCAAAGGAAUUUAUAGGCAAGUCUUAAACCUCAUACUGGGGAAGGGCCUGACAGAGACCCUGUUUAGAUGCUCAGGCACACAGUCUCCAUCCCCAUUCCACUCUUCGGCUCUGGCCAUGUCCCUUGCAAAGGCUCUACAAGUGCUGUGAAGAGCCUUCCACAGUGGAGACUUCUCUUAGGGCUGUGAUUUCCUGUGGGGCUAGGAAGGGAGGAAAUCAUGUAUGCAACGUCCUCAGUCGUGGGCAACUCCCCAAGUCUCCAAACCCCAUUUGCCAGAGUGUCACGGUUGAGGAGAGCAGCGAACGCAAAAGAAGGUAGUGGUCUGUGAGGAUGACAGAAGGCUAGAGGAAGCAUGCCUGGAGGCAGUUGUUUUCCCAGCAUUUCCUCCCCUGUCCUGCACGGUUCGCACCAGAGAACCUUCAGGUCCCACCAGCAACAGUAGCAGCAGCUCCCACUCCGGGACUCCCAGAAGCCAGUAAACAGACCAGGAGCCACCUCAAUCAGCAGGACAUCCUCACUGCCCCUCUUGCAGGCUCCCCUUGCCCUUCCUGAAUGCACAGUCUCCCCACCCUUGCCCUUCAGCCCCCUGCUUGGCUGUAUGCACUGUCUGUAUUGCACUGAGAAAGGAAGGGAUGGCGGAGUGAGCUGGAGAGGAUGGAGAGAGGGCAGGCUCAGCACCCACCCUCCCAGCCCGACCCCACCAGCCUGAGCUUGCUUCCCUCCAGGAGAGGCAAAGGGGUGGUGUUGGCACUGGUGGUGUUUCUGCUUGCCCCCAGCCUGAUGUCCCUGGUGGAGCAGGUGCUUCUGGGCGGGCCAGCCUCUAAUUUGCACACCUGAAAAUCGCGGAAUUGAGUUUAGAUAGAUUGAUUUUUAAAACUUUUUUUUUGGAGUAGGAGUGGUAGGGGAAUCAUUUAAUUUAAAUCAUUAAGAUUCCCCUGCCCAAACCCAGACUCCUGUGUACAGAUGCUAUUUAGAGGGAAUCAGAAAAAUGCCAAGCCUUUUUUCUCUUUGAAUGUGCUGUCUAUUUUUAUAACUGAACUUGUACAUAUGUAUAAAGAGAGACACAUCUUCCUUUUACUAACUGGAGAAAAAAAAUCUUAAAUAAAAUGGAGUGAGAUAAUUUUAUGUAAA